UUAAUGGAUAAUUUAUUAUAGAUUUCAUAAGAAGUAAGAGAUGCAAUAAAAAAUGGAAAAGGAGUGGUAGCAUUAGAGUCAACUAUAAUAACACAUGGGAUGGAAUAUCCAACAAAUGUAUAAACAGCUUUAGGAGUGGAAGAAGAAAUUAGAUCUAAGGGAGCUAUACCAGCAACUAUAAUAAUUAUUUAAGGAAUAAUUAGAGUUGGUUUAAGACCAGAAGAGAUUGAGGAAAUUGGAAAAAAUAAAUAAAAAUAUUAGAAAUGCUCAAGAAGAGAUUUUGCUUAAAUAAUUGCAUAAAAGGGAUAUGGAAGUACAACUGUAGCAGCUACUAUGAUGAUUGCUCAUAUGGCUGGAAUCAAAGUAUUUGUUACAGGAGGAAUUGGUGGAGUACAUAGAGGAGCAGAACAUACAUUUGAUAUUUCUGCAGAUUUGGUUGAAUUAGGUUAAACUCCAGUAGCAGUAAUUUGUGCAGGAGCUAAAUCUAUUUUAGAUAUUCCUAAAACUUUAGAAUAUUUAGAAACAUAAGGAGUUCCUGUAGUAGGAUAUAAAACGAAACAUUUUCCUAAUUUUUUUACUCCAGAUUCUGGAUUAUUAUGUAGUACAUCAAUCAAUUCUCCUCAAGAAGCUAGUGAAUUAAUCAAAGCAUAAUUCAAUUUGUUAAAACUUAAAAAUGGAAUCCUCUUUUGUGUACCUAUCCCUCAAGAACAAGCAGCGGAUGGUCUUAUUGUUUAAUAGGCUAUUAAUUAAGUAUUAUAUUUAUUCUAAAUAGGCACUUAAAGAAUUGGAUGAUUAAAAUGUUAAUGGAGCAUUAGUUACUCCAUUUUUAUUGAAAAGAGUUAAUGAAAUUACUAAUGGUAUGAGUUCCAAAUCUAAUGUUGCUUUAAUCAGAAAUAAUGCAAGAGUUGGAGCUGAAAUUGCUAUUUAAUUCUGUUCGAAAUGA